ACACGGAUUCCAGAAAAUACUUCAACCACUCAUUUCUGAUUUGAAAAAACUCGAAGAUGGCCUUAUACUUUAUUAUGGAAGUCAAGAAUUUCAUCUAAAAGCAGUGGUCACAAUGUUCUGUGGUGACACUCUAGCUGUACACGAUGUUUUUGGGCUACUUGGACCAAGCGCGAACUACUUCUGUCGGAUUUGCCAAAUUUCCAGGGACGAAUUCCACAGCAACCCGUCGAGUGAGUCUGAUCUGCGGAAUAGAGAAUGGUACGACAAACACCUUGAAGCUGUGCAGAGCAAACUGAUAAGUCCAAAAGAAUGCGGGUUGAAAUUGUCAGGAUGCAUACUGAACGAGCUGUCUUAUUUCCACAUAACGGACAAUUUCAAUCUGGACGGAAUGCAUGAUCUAGCAGAAGGCGUCGUUCCAUUAGCUCUACAGUUGGUAAUGGCACAUUAUUAUAAGCGAAAAGAUUUAAAAAUUAAUAUUCAGUUUAUUAACAAUCGCAUCAAAACUUUCGCCUACGGAUACACUGAUCGUCAUAAUAAGCCUUCUGCGAAUUUCACUCAUGGGAUGCUAACUAAUCCAAACAAACACAAACUCAAACAAACAUCGGCCCAAAUACUAUUGUUGCUGCGAUCAUUUCCAUUUCUUUUUGGGCAUAUAGUACCACCCGAUUGUGAAAUGAUGGUCAUGGUAGGUCACCUGAUCAACAUUGUAAGAAUUGUUUUCUCUCCUGUCGUUUCACAACACCUCAUUUACCAAUUACAAGAACAUUUGUAUUAUUUUGAGCAAACAUUCUUCUCAACGUUCCAACGUCGGAUCAAUAAAAUGCACCAUCUUAAGCAUUAUGCUCUCUGCAUUCAGAAAAGUGGUGCAAUGAAGCAAUAUAACUGUAUGCAGUUUGAGCAAACUAACAAAGUUGCGAAAAACCAAGCUUCAACGUGCAAGAAUUUCAAAAAUAUUUGUCACAGUUUGGCAAAAAGGCAAUGCACAAGAAUGAUCCUAAAUAUUUUGGAUAACCCCUUCUGUGACAAGUUGGUUUUUACAUCGGUAAAGAUAGUUGUUCGAAACAAAUGUCUAAGUGCGUCACUACUGGAGCCAACCAUAGAACACGUACACGUCCCAAAAACAGCAAUAAUGAAUGGAAUAGAAUUCAGAACUAACGGAGUGGUGGCUUUGAGCAGACAUGAUGACAACGUAUUCCCUGCCUAUGGAGUUAUAAAGGAAAUACUAAUUAUCGAUGGAAAAAUGCACUUUCUGUUGGAGUUAGUGGAAACGGUUUGUUACAAUGAGUUCUAUGAGGCAUAUGAGGUGAACACAUUACAUGAUAAUGAACUGUUUAGUUCAGAUUCAUGCUUCACUCAUACCGUAUUUUCUUUUUGGUCACCCUACGGUUGCCUGAAGAAGUAUGUGUCUCGAAGGUUCUACAAUCGAGAUUAUUGAUAAGCGCGAGGAAAUCGAUGAUCUGCAUACAUUUCUCUUGUUAGAUGAUAAGGAUUUCAUUAGACUAAGCCUCACAACAAAACAGAUUAAAAUUAUUCAAAGAAUCCAACUGCAGUACCAAGAUGAAACGACAGAAUGGCUUGAAGACGAUCUAUCUCAAAAUGUAAGACACGUGGCAGCAGAUGUCACCAUCCAUACUG